AUGCCGCCGUGGAACGGAACCAAAGCGAAAGUCCAGCUGCGCCUCUCCGUCCAGCGACUCCGGACGUUACAAGAGAAGAAGGAAGCACAAGCUAAGAUGGCUCGGAGGGAUGUUGCGAUGCUCCUGGAACGCGGGAAGAUUGAAACGGCGCGGAUCAAAGUUGAGAAUAUCAUCAAUGAGGACGUCUAUUUGGAGCUUCUAGAGCUGCUCGAGCUUUACUGUGAAUUGCUGAUCGCUCGCUUCGGGUUACUGGAUCAGAACUCGCGUGAGCCAGACGCCGCUGUUAGCGAGGGAGUGAACGCAGUGAUACACGCCGCGCCACGAACGGAACUCAAAGAACUGCACAUACUUCGCGAUCUCCUCAUGCACAAGUAUGGGCGAGAAUAUUCGGCUGCCAUCAUGGAGAAUCGGGAUGGGGUGGUAUCUGAGCGAGUUACGAAGAAACUGGUCGUCGAGACACCGCCAGCAGUGCUUGUGAACGCAUACUUGUCUGAAAUUGCUAAGGGCUACGGCGUGAAGUGGUCCCCGCCGGAAGAUGACGUGGAAGAGCAGGUGCCGAGCACCGACGACGUUGAUGAUACACCAGACGGCGGAGUGAAGGAGCCUACCUCUCCACUCGACGCUGAGCACCUGCCACCGGGUGUGGGUGUCAGCGAUUCCGUAGCUCGCGAAGGCCGCAAGACACCUCGCUUACCCGAGCUACCACCGACCGAGGAUGAAAUCGAGGGUACGAAAGAGGCGUCGGCGGCGGCGGAAGAUAAGAAGGCCGUCUCGGAGAAAGGCAAGGUACAAAGCAAGCCGGCAGAGCCUGAAGACGACUUCACCAUGCUCGCCAAGCGGUUCGAGGCGCUGAAGAAGCGUUAG